UGUUCCUGAGCAGAAGCGCAGAAGUCCAUCUACAACAUCCCACGAAUUCCACUCCAAAAGCCUCCUUUAUUUGUCUUCACGAUCAUCUGCGAACUUCCUUGACCAUCUAGGACUAUUUGCGAUAAUUUUGAUACCCAUUUCAAAUUCUUGAGGGCCAAAAUACCAAAGGUUCCUGCGCCGAAUCCACGAUCCCAGCUACGCGCACCUCUUCCCAGUCCCGAACAACUCCAAUCAAUUGUCGCAUGAAGUUAUUCAACUGAGGGCUUGCGCCAUUGCGAAUGUCGCAGCCAUGUCUGCAGCCACACCAGAGCUGCUUGUGCAGCGGUUAGGUUCUCCCGAAUCUGGUAGGGCUCUCUGCAAUAGCUUAAUAGCAUGAUCCCAAGGCUGUAGCUAUCUGGAGAGAAUGGAAGCUGACUCUUUAUUUAGAUGUAAAGACCAGAUUCGAUGCGGCAACCACGCUGAAGGAUAACCUCGAACACUACAUUACACCUCAGCAAUACCCGGCCUUCUUGAAGAAACUGAUACCCAUCUUCAUUAACUGCCUAAAGGGACCUCCAGUGUUUGUUAGCACAUCUGUGGAACAAGUCAGUUUUACUGUUCAGUUAUAUUGUGCUAGUACUAAUCAUCUUUAGAAACUGCGAAAUUGUGUCCUCGAGAUUCUCCAUCGUCUGCCUACAAAUCCUCCAGAAGCCUUCGAACCGUAUGCCGAGGAUGUGGUUGAUGUGUUGAUGAACUUGGUCAAAUGCGACAACGAGGAGAAUGCGUCGCUUUGUGUCAAAACUAUUAUGGAUAUCAUGCGACACCAAACGAAGGUGUUGCAAGACAAAGUCCAGCCUUUCCUUACCCUCAUCCAGGAUUUAUUCGACCAGAUGGAAUCUGUGGUACGGGACCAACUCAACAACAAUACCACAAGCGGCAUGCCAUCUACGCCAGGAAACUCGCAGAACUUCCAUAAUUCUCCACGACCAGGGUCGCCAGUAGCCUCUGUUCCAGAACUGGGUGCCGAUCCCCAGCAACAGACCAGACCAUUGUUGAAGGGAAUGCAGUCAUUCAAGGUCCUUGCGGAAUGCCCGAUCAUAGUUGUUUCCAUAUUCCAAGUGUACCGCAGUACGGUUGGGCCCAAUGUGAAACUCUUCGUCCCACUCAUCAAGACCGUACUAUUACUGCAAGCUGAACCACAGGAACAGGCGCACAAGGAAGCUGCAGCGAAAGGCACAAUAUUCACAGGCGUCAGUUCAAAAAUCCGGAAUAGAGCUGCAUUUGGCGAAUUCAUUACAGCUCAAGUGAAAACGAUGAGCUUUCUCGCCUACCUCUUGCGCGUUUAUUCCCAGCAGCUAAAUGAUUUUCUACCCACUCUUCCGAAUAUCAUCGUCCGGCUGCUGAAGGAUUGUCCGAGAGAAAAGUCGGGCGCAAGAAAGGAACUACUUGUUGCGAUUCGACAUAUUAUCAAUUUCAAUUUCCGAAAGAUUUUUGUGUCAAAGAUUGACGAGCUUCUGGAUGAGAGAACUUUAAUUGGUGACGGGCUGACGGUUUAUGAGACGAUGCGACCUCUUGCAUACAGCAUGCUUGCGGAUUUGAUACACCACGUUCGCGAUGCUCUGGAACCUGAGCAGAUUCGAAAGACCGUCGAGGUCUAUACGAAGAAUCUGCAGGACAGCUUCCCUGGUACUAGCUUCCAGACGAUGAGCGCCAAAUUACUCCUGAACAUGGCCGAGUGUAUCUCCAAGAUGCAGAACAAGGCGGAUGCUCGGCAUUAUUUGAUCAUGAUUCUGAAUGCGAUCGGGGACAAAUUUGCAGCAAUGAAUCGACAAUACCCAAAUGCUGUCAAACUCUCAAAAUUGAGUGCUCAGCAAUCAAUCGAUGCGGCCCCUGACAACUAUCUUGCCGAUAGAGAUCAGCCCCCAGACUGGGACGAAAUUGAUAUUUUUACAGCCAUGCCUAUUAAGACGUCAAAUCCCCGAGACCGCGGACUUGAUCCUGUAGCUGACAACAAGUUUCUCUUCAAAAAUUUGAUGAAUGGUCUCAAAAAUACAUUCUACCAACUUAAGGCUUGCAACGUUGGCGCUCCGAUUGAUGCAAACAAUGCGCCUGCCCAUUGGCAAGAAGUAUCAUACGGGUUCUCAGCAGAGGAAGUCCAGGUCAUCAUCAAGCUUUUCCGUGAAGGAGCAUAUGUCUUUCGAUACUACGAUAUUGAGAAGCCUUCCUCCGAAUCCUCUUACACUUCGCCUGUUGAAUUCAUGGCAAACCACUACAUGAUUUCAAGCAGCAAAGAAGAGAAGGAUUUACUGGAGACUUUUGCUACCGUUUUUCAUUGCAUUGACCCGGCGACUUUCCACGAGGUGUUCCACGCAGAAAUUCCGAAGCUCUACGAUAUGAUUUUUGAACAUACAGCCCUACUUCACGUGCCACAGUUCUUCCUAGCAAGUGAAGCAACAUCUCCCAGUUUCGCAGGAAUGCUUCUGCGAUUCUUGAUGGACCGCAUUGACCAGGUUGGAACGGCCGAUGUAAAGAAGUCUUCAAUUCUUCUUCGACUCUUCAAACUGGCUUUCAUGGCUGUUACACUAUUUUCAAAUCAGAAUGAACAAGUCCUCUUGCCACAUGUCCUCGACAUUGUCACCAAGUCUAUUGAAUUGUCAACCACAGCUGAAGAACCCAUGAACUAUUUCCUCCUACUCAGAUCUUUGUUCCGAAGUAUCGGUGGUGGAAAAUUUGAACACCUAUACAAACAGAUCCUUCCUCUCCUGGAAAUGCUUCUGGAAGUUCUGAACAACUUGCUCAUGGCUGCUCGGAAGCCAGCAGACCGCGAUCUGUAUGUUGAGCUCUGUCUCACGGUACCCGCUCGUCUAAGUAAUUUGCUCCCACAUCUGAGCUAUCUUAUGCGUCCUCUGGUGGUUGCUCUUCGACCCGGUUCUGAUCUCGUCGGACAAGGACUGCGAACCCUUGAACUCUGUGUUGAUAACUUAACAGCCGAUUAUUUGGACCCGAUCAUGGCUCCUGUUAUUGAUGAAUUGAUGACUGCGUUGUUUGACCACCUUCGACCGGCACCAUAUAGUCACUUUUUUGCUCAUACAACGAUGCGCAUUCUUGGAAAGCUUGGUGGUCGUAAUCGCAAAUUCAUGACCAACGCACCAGUCCUCUCAUUCCAACAAUAUUCAGACGACCUGACAAGCAUUGAUCUUAAGCUGAUUGGUUCUAAGAAGGAUCGAGCAUUCCCGGCAGAGAUUGGUAUCGACCUGGCCAUUGGAAAAUUGACGGAGAUUCCUAAAGGAGCUGCCAAGAAGACCGAUGCCUAUUACAAGCGACAAGCUCUCACGUUAAUCAAAGCCCAACUGAAAUUGCGCAUGGGAACCGAUAAUUUACCAGAGGAUUUUGCUAGAAUCGUUCGUUUGCAAGCUCAAGAUCUUUUGGCUAAACGAUAUGAUCAGGACUCCAGCAUCGAGUCUUCUGAUCGGGAGCGUUCAGUCUUCAAGAAGGAUGAACAAAAUACGGUACUGAAAAAGCUCAUCAAAGCUUGCAUAUUCGCAGUCUCUCUGCCAGAGUUCUCCGCCGAAGCAACGACACUAGUGAUAAACUUGGCCAAACAUUUCACGUUGCUUGCCGUGGGUCAGUCUUUUAUCGAAAUGAGACGAUCGACGCAGCCCUUCGACGUCAAAGCAGGCGAGGGAGCUUUGUGGAUUGAUGCGGAAGUAUUUGGAGAUGCCCUCGUAGAAUCUUUGUCUUCUGAUAUUCCAGCUGUACGAGAAGCUGCUCAGCUCGGGAUUCAAGAAAUCUAUGACUCAACUGCAGUUAUUUUUGGAUCCGCUGCAGAAGUUCAUCGACUCUCGUUCUUUAGCCACCUUAGCAUUGUUUUCUGCCAUGCAUGUUACGAAGAGGAAUGGUUCACCAAGGCUGGAGGUGGGCUCGGUAUCAAUCUCAUGAUUACCAAAUUUCAUAUGGGCGAUGCAUGGAUUCAAGAGCGCCAGAUUAAUUUCGUGAAGGCGCUUUUGUACAUCAUCAAGGAUAUGCCCCCAGAUCUUCCUGCAAAGACUCGAAGAAGCGCGCAAGAUACUCUUGAAAUCCUUCUGCGCCGAAGUAUGAAGAACGCUUCCAAAGCAGACCUCGUAGUGCCACCACCUCCGCCACCGGGUCAACAGCAGCAGGUCAAGACCUCUAAGCUUCUUCAACUUUGUGCCAUCUUGAACAAGGAAGUUUCUCACAUGAAUAAACACGUCCGGGAAGCAUCGAAACAAGCUCUUAGCAUCAUCGCAAAGGAACUAGGUGUGGAGAUCUAUGAAUUGCUUGAGACCUCAAAAGAGCAUUGUUUAAGCCCUAUCUACGCCAAACCAUUAAGAGCUCUGCCCUUUGGCGUGCAGAUUGGAUUCAUUGAUGCAGUAAAUUACUAUAUGGGUCUCAAGAGUGAUUUUAUUGGUUUUGAUGACCAACUCAAUCGUUUGCUUAUGGAAACCUUAGCCCUGGCCGAUGCCGCGGACGAAUCAUUGGCUGGGAAGCCAUCGGAGCAGAGAACACAAGAGUCUAUCGUUAGUCUUCGUGUUGCCUGCAUCAAAAUGCUGACUACAGCAAUGGGCUUCGAAGAAUUCCAAAAAGGCCCUACAAACCCUACCCGGACCAAAAUUGUGUCAGUAUUUUUCAAGUCCCUGUAUUCUGAGUCCAAACAAACCAUCGAAGCGUCGAAUGAUGCACUGAAGGUUGUUCUUUCCCAAACAACAAAACUUCCGAAAGACCUCCUCCAGAACGGCCUCCGCCCUGUGCUGGCAAAUCUCCAAGACCCUCGGCGACUGACUGUUCAUGGCCUGGAUGGACUGGCACGUCUUUUACAACUACUCACGACGUACUUCAAAGUGGAAAUUGGCUCACGUCUCCUCGAUCACAUCAAGGUACUGGCUGAGCCAAACAUGCUCCAGCGUAUAUCUUUUACCCUGAUUGAGCAGAACGAGGCCAUGAAGAUCAUCGCAUCGGUCUUCAACAUCUUCCAUCUUCUCCCUCCUGCUGCAGAGAACUUCAAGGAGAGACUCAUUCUAACGGUCAUGGAUUUGGAGGAAAAGCUUCGUCGAACAUGCAAUAGUCCCUUCCGAGAACCGCUUUACAAAUACCUCAAUCGAUAUCCCAAGGAGGUCUGGAUGUUCCUUCUUCACAAGAUUGAGGAUCAAAAGUAUGGCCGAUUCUUAGCUCAAGUUCUGGAAGAUCCUCAAAGUGGACCACUCCGUGAUGCUGUUGUGAACGGAGUAGAGACCCUUAUUAAAUACUCAGGUGACAUGGGUGCUGAGAAUAAAGAGACCCGUUACGCUGCAGUCAUUAAUGCCAUCAAUAUCAUGCAUUCCAUUUGCAAGUUUGAGGGGACCAAGUCAUGGAUGGAGGAGAAGCAUAACAUUACCUGGUUGAAACUCGUGGGCAAGAACCUAGAACUACAUCUACGCACCAAUACCCUGCCACCAGGGCUUCGCCUCGCAGCUGAGCAAGCUGGCGAACAGCUGAUGACCAUACUCACAAAAUUCCUGGUCUAUCACCCCAAGGAUCUCGAUGCGUUAUUUGCUCUGAUCGAAUCUGUGACGGCCGAAGACUUCAAAGCCAGCCAGACACUAUUCGAUUAUAUCUACAAGCACAUCAUCUGUAACGAGUCAGUCGAAUACUGGAAACUUGUGGUUAUGCGAAGUUUGGAGAUGUAUUCGGGCAAGAGUGCUACACAAAAAACCAAAGCUUUCUUGGUUCAUAACAUCGUGAAUCCUAUAAUAGCGAUGGACAUCAUGCGCAAUCCAAACUCAACCUCCCCAAGAGAUCCCAGACUAAUGGACAAAUCUGUCAUCGAGUCGAUCCACACUAAGAUCUGGAAAGUCAGUGCUGGAGACUCGAACGAGGAUUUAAUACAGCCUGGUAUUGACCAUACACGAAUGGAAGUUCUCCAGUUGACAGCGAUGCUUGUCAAAUAUCAUCAUGCGAUCUUGCAGGAUGCUCGGAAGGACAUCAUAAAAUUCGGUUGGACAUACAUUCGACUCGAAGAUGUCAUCAACAAGCAUGCUGCAUAUGUGGUUAUUGGCUACUUCAUUGCCCAUUACGAAACGCCGGCGAAAAUUGUACAGCAAGUUUAUUUCUCCCUUCUAAAGACCAACCAGAACGAAGGUCGGACACUUGUCACACAGGCUUUAGAGCUGAUUGCUCCGGUCUUACCUAAGAGAACUAAUUUCGCACCUGGAGACCGCAAUCCAGUCUGGGCUGCAGCACCCCGCCGAAUCCUAUCUGAAGAUGGUCAAAACGCACAACAGAUGACAAGUAUCUUUCACUUCCUUGUCAAACAUCCAGAUCUUUUCUACGACUCACGAGAAAAGUUCGUCAAUCUCAUUAUAAGCAAUCUGCGCAAGGUCGCCCCGCCUCCAAAUCCAUCCAAUGAGAGCAAGAAAUUGGUACUCAACCUGAUGACUAUGAUAUGGCAAUGGGAGCAGCGACGUGUUGAGGGAAAACUUGCAUCGCCAGCCCGAGCCUUUUCCGAGUCUCCUAAUGCGAAGAAACGUAAACUUGAUGCUUUCAUUGACCAAGGCUCUUCGCCCUUACCAGCCAAGCCCGGCUCUUCUGGUGGUGGAGCAGAUAGACCUGAAUUUAGAAUUCCCCCGGUUUUUCAGAUGAAGAUGAUCAAGUAUCUUGUUGAGUUUAUUGCUUCUCUCAGCGAGAGAUACCCUCUUCCAUCCGCCAGAAGCAAGGAUCCUGCAGCAACACAUGCACCAAUGCAACCGCCCGCUUCUGUAGAAAUGUGCAAAAAGGCCAUUUCUCUUCUUUACAACCUUCUCCAGCCACAAUAUUGGGGAGAAGCUGGUGUGGACUUGUUUCCCAUCGUCACCGACCAGGUUCUGGCUAGCGAGAGAACAGUCACCGCUCUCGCAAGCGAGCACUCAGAGAAGGACAAGCCUGAUGAAAAGUUUAUCACCAAUAUCAUAAACACCCUUCAAAUAGUACGAAUAAUCGUCAACAUCAAAUCCGACGAAUGGGUCUUGGCAAACAUGAGUUCUCUUCAGCGCAUCCUUGAGAAAUGUCUAAAGUCGGACAACCCGGAGAUCCAGGACUGCUUGAAUGCUGCGGACGACAAGAUUGACGAAGGAAGAAUGCUGAAGCCACUUCUGAAGCGAAUACUGGAUGCUGUGCCUGAUGAUGUGCCAAUGGAGGAUGCAGACGCAGAAGGGGAAGUGGAAGCAUCAACUUCGGAGAUAAUUACAUUUCUAACCAAUACAGCCACCGAAUUGUUGUCGAACAACAAUUAUGUCGCAGGCAUUAACAUCUUGUGGACUCUGGCACAGCGAAAGCCUUCAGAAAUGGACCAGCACAUUCAACAUGUCAUGAAAGCUCUACAGUCGAAGCUUGCUAGAGAGCAUGUUGCGCAUUACAACGCGGUCACUGGACAGUCCGGCAUCAUCUCUCCUCCUAGACCAGGGGAGGUUGAAGUUGCGGGUGUGUUGGACUCCUACGAUUUACAAAUCCAGACUGGACUUAUGAUCAAGGCAAUCGAUGUGAUCUCAAUGCGAAUGGAUAUUCUUGGAGACCACCGGCGACCUUUCUUGAGCGUGCUUGCUACUCUCGUGGAAAAGUCGCUUAGUAAUCCUUUAUGCCUCAAGAUUCUCGACAUGGUAGAAACGUGGGUCUUUAAGUCGGAAGGUUCAUGGCCUACGUUGAAAGAGAAGACAGCUGUUUUGCACAAGAUGCUGACUUUCGAAAAUCGAACUGAUCAAACGCUUCUGAUCAAGUUCUUGGACUUGGUUAUUCGGUUGUAUGAGGAUCCCAAAAUCGCUCGUACAGAACUCACCGUUCGUAUGGAACAUGCAUUCCUCAUCGGUACUCGAGCACAAGAUGUCGACAUGCGAAAUCGCUUCAUGGCAAUUUUUGACAAAAGUCAGUCGAAGACUGCUAGUGUAAGAUUAAGCUAUGUCAUCACCUCGCAAAACUGGGAUACUCUCGCAGAGUCGUACUGGCUAGCGCAAGCUUCACAGCUGCUUCUCGGGGCUGUGGAUACCAACACACCAGCUCAAUUGCAUUCGGAGGAUUUCCGCGUCAUUCCUGCUUCAACGACCUUUUCGACAUAUUUCAACGAUUCUCGGCCCACCACAAUUUCACCGGAUCCAAAGUACGAUAGUCUGAUGCUUGGCCACAAGAGAUUUCUUGCUGAGCUAUCUGAUGUCAAAGUUCGCGACAUCAUUGACCCACUGAGUCAGUUGCAGCAUUUAGACCCCAAGAUAGCACAUCAAAUAUGGGUUGCACUUUUCCCCAUAUUCUGGUCAGCUACACCCAGGGACGAGCGAAACGAAUUAGAGCGUGGAAUGGUUGCCUUACUUACCAAAGACCACCACUCUCGCCAAGUGGAUAAGCGACCUAAUGUUGUCCAGUCACUUCUCGAAGGUGCUGCCAAGUCAUGGCCGGAAUGUCACAUUCCACCUCAUGUUCUCAAAUUCGAAGCCCGAACUUAUGACGCCUGGUACACUGCACUUGUUCAACUCGAAAACGCCGCGAUCAAGCCCGAGGUUGAUAGUGCAUUGGUUCGAGAGAGUAAUUUGGACGCUUUGGUAGAGCUGUAUUCUGGCUUACAAGAAGACGAUCUCUUUUACGGUACGUGGCGUCGGCGAUGUCAGUUUGUGGAGACAAAUGCCGCGCUCUCUUACGAGCAGAAUGGUAUGUGGGAUAAAGCUCAGCACAUGUACGAGGCUGCGCAGAUCAAGGCUCGCACCGGUGCCAUCCCCUUUUCACAGGGCGAAUACAUGCUCUGGGAAGAUCACUGGGUUCUUUGCGCACAAAAGCUUCAGCAAUGGGAAAUUCUUCAGGAUUUUGCGAAGCACGAAAAUUUCCAGGAUUUGCUUCUUGAAUGCGCUUGGAAGCAAACAGACAUGUGGCAGACCCAGGAAAAUCGCGACUCUUUAGAUAAUUUGAUCAAGGGUGUGAUGGACGCUCCUACUCCAAGACGAACUUUCUUCCAGGCCUUCAUGUCUCUGCUCAAAUUGCACAACAAGACCGAGACACCUGCGGAAUUCAGCAAGGUUUGCGACGAGGCGAUACAGCUUUCAAUCCGAAAAUGGCACCAGCUUCCAAAAGGGAUUACCAACGCCCAUAUUCCACUCUUACAAAACUUCCAGCAAUUGGUCGAGCUGCAUGACGCUAGUGUUAUAUGUCAAAGCCUGGCUCAAACGGAACGGACUAACCUUGAUGUCAAAUCUGGUGAAUUGAAGCUUCUUCUUGGGACUUGGCGAGACAGACUGCCAAAUGUGUGGGAUGAUAUUACUGCUUGGCAAGAUCUGGUUACAUGGAGACAGCACAUCUUUGGUCUUAUCAAUACCACAUACCUAGGCCUGCUUCCCCAACAAGGACAAAACGCUAACGGAGCUUCCUUCGCCUACCGAGGAUAUCACGAGACUGCAUGGAUUAUCAAUCGUUUCGCACAUGUCGCACGCAAACAUCAGCUUCCCGAAGUUUGCAUCAGUCAGCUCAGCAGGAUUUAUACCUUGCCCAACAUUGAAAUCCAGGAAGCCUUCCUGAAGCUUCGGGAACAGGCAAAGUGCCAUUACCAAAACCCUAGCGAGUUAAGUAAUGGACUGGACGUCAUCAACAAUACCAAUCUCAAUUACUUUGGGCCCAAUCAGAAGGCAGAGUUCUACACGCUCAAGGGCAUGUUCUUGGAGAAACUUGGCCAACGUGACGAAGCUGCUGAGGCAUAUGGUAUGGCACUGUUCUUUGAUAUCAAAUUACCAAAGGCUUGGGCUGAAUGGGGAUACUACAAUGAUCGUCUGUUCAAGGAGAAUCCCACCAAUUAUUCUUACGCUAAGAAUGCCCUAAGCUGCUAUCUCGAAGCGGCUGGUUUGUUCAAGAAUGCCAAAUCAAGAAAGUUGCUGACUCGCAUCCUCUGGCUCUUGAGUCUUGACGAUGCAGAAGGUACGCUUUCUGUACAAUUCGACGAAUAUAGGGGUGAAACACCUGUGUGGUACUGGAUUACCUUUAUUCCUCAGCUCUUAACCGGUCUCGGUCACAAGGAAGCAACCAAAGCUCAUGGUAUCUUAGCCAAGAUUGCCAAAUCAUACCCACAGGCACUCUACUUCCAACUACGUACGAGCCGCGAAGAUAUGCUUGCCAUCAAGAAGUCGGUAGAGUCACGUGAGGCGCAGAGAGAGCGAAUGAUGAGAAUGAGAGCUGCUCAGGCGGCAAGAGGAAACGCCAGCAGUGCGAAUGACGGAGCUCAAAAGCCAAAUGGUUCACCAAGUGUUCAGCGACCUGAGACUCCAGCCGCUCGGCCACAAAGUGCUACUGGAUCCAGACCUGGAACUGGAAAUCCUGAUGGCAGCAAUUCCAUCAAGGCUGAGCCCACCGAGAAGAAACCUGCAGUCAACGGUGAUGCGGAUGGAGACUCCUCCAAGCCACCAAAGGCUCGACAUCCGUGGGAGCAUACCGAAUCAAUCCUUUCGACGCUCAAGACCGCAUUUCCUUUACUGGCACUUUCAAUGGAAUCGAUGGUGGACCAGAUUUCCAAGCAUUUCAAGUGCUCUCCUGAUGAGGACGCCUAUAGGUUGAUCACAGCUUUGCUCAACGAUGCACUGUCUCAUGUUGGCAGAAACUCUGCUUCAUUUGCCCAGGAUGUCAAAUUGCCCUCGGCAACUGAAGCUAAUAUUACCAGAUUUGCUGAAACAAUUCUGCCAGCUCAUAUCCGCACGUCAUUCGAGGUGGACUUUGUUCGAAAGAUGCCUACAAUGUAUGAAUAUAUUCACAAGCUGCGGAAAUGGCGGGAUAAGUUUGAGGCAAAGCUCGACCGACGAAAUUCCAAUGCCAAAUUGGAAGGGUUCAGUCCCCACCUUAGCGAGUUCCGUUUCCAAAAGUUCGAUGAGGUGGAAGUUCCAGGUCAAUACUUGCAGCACAAAGACAAGAACCAGGAUUUCAUUCGUGUUGAACGCUUCUUGCCAAACGUGGAUCUGGUCCGCGGUAUCGGCGUCUGUCAUCGUCGGCUCAAGAUUCGAGGACACGAUGGCAGUAUUCAUCCUUUCGCUGUACAACAUCCAGCAGCUCGCCAUUGCAGACGCGAGGAGCGGAUAUUGCAACUGUUCAGACACUUCAAUGAUAGCCUUAGCAAGCGAAAGGAGAGUCGAAGACGCAAUCUUAAUUUUCAUCUUCCGCUCAUGGUUCCUCUCGCACCUCAUAUUCGUAUGGUUCAAGAUGACCCUACAUACGUCUCUCUUCAGGGCAUUUUUGAGGACUAUUGCAGAAAGAGUGGGAUGUCAAAGGAUGAUCCAGUGCUAUUUACCAUGGAAAAGAUGAGAGCAUUGUCAGAAAGCAAGGUAGGUCUACAUAACACUAGCAUCGGAUUUCCACUAACACGACUCCAGAAACACCCCGCUGAUCAACAAUCAACCACUGCGAAGUUGGAGACAUUUGCCGCAAUUCAAGAAAAAUGGGCCCCACACAACCUGGCCUUGGAGUACUUCACCAAGAUAUAUCCUACGUAUCCCGACUUCUGGCUUUUCCGACGUCAAUUUUCCUACCAGUUUGCGUCUCUUACAUUCAUGACCUAUGUCUUACAUAUGCACAACCGAUAUCCUCAAAAACUCAACAUCGCCCGAGGAACAGGAAAUGUCUGGGGCUCAGAAUUGAUGUCAUGUAUGACAGCCAACAAAGCCUUCUUCCACAACCCUGAACCGGUUCCUUUCCGUCUCACGCCAAAUCUCCAGACGCUCAUGGGACCUUUAGCGACCGAGGGAAUCUAUAGUUGCGCUAUCAUGGCCAUUGCGCGCUGCCUCACAGAGCCUGAUUUUGAACUCGAACAGCAGUUAAGCCUGUUUGUUCGAGAUGAAAUGAUUCAUUGGUUCACGAACAACCAUAGAACGGCGCAGAUGGAAGAAGGUCAAUUGAGAGAUACGGUCACAACGAAUAGUGAGCUCAUCGUCAAGAGAACUUUGAGUCUUGCGCAAUCGCCUGCUGGUGCUCUCCCGGCUAACCAGACAGUGAUUGAUUUGAUCGCCAAGGCGGUGAAUCCCAUAAAUCUGGCUCAAUGCGAAGCAUUGUUUAUGCCUUACUUGUGAUUGGUGGUGACACCGAGGUUGGAAGGGGGAGUUGGUAGAUAUGGUGGUGGCAGAUAUGUAUUGUACUGAUACCGGGAAAAAGCCCUCAUUUAUUUUGCUAUAAUACUUCGGGAUGAGGGUUUUCUCUAUGGCUAUUCUGGCUUCUUUGAUGCCCUUUUUUUUGUUUUAGCGUCGGCGUUUGUUUCUUCUGCAGUCUUUUCGGGAAUAUUGGGCUCGGGCAUUGGCUUUGCGGUGUGGUGUGGUUGCGUUUGCGGUGGGAGUUUGCUUGCUUUUCUUGGCCACGGGCCGUGAUGAUAUGAUAUUCAUGAGGGGUCGUUAAUAAAAUGAGUGAAAGCGCAGAAAUGAAGCAUGAUUC